GGACGUCUCCUGCCAUGUCUGGGGAUGUUGGAAGAGCCCCGAUGGGUGCCUGGGGACGGCAGGAUCUCGUCCCCACGGAGCAGCAGCCGCCGGGACGCUCGUGCCCUUGCUCGUGCCCGGCACGCAGCCGGCCGUGUCCCGGCUGCCGGGAGGUGACGGAGGCGGUGGCCGUGGUGACACGGCCCUGAGUCACGCCAGAGGCCGUGGGUGACAGCCGGGCACGGAGCCAGGCACGCCGGGAGCGGGGAGAGCCCCAGCUUUGUGGGGGCGGCAGCUGGGGCUGUGGCCGGCUCCUGCCCUGGUGCCAGCCCCGUGGGGCCGCGAGGGAUGCUCGGGGAGAGGCGCCCCCGUCCCCAAACUGCCCCAACCCCGUCCCCAUUCCUGUCCCAGGACACGGGCGCGGCAGCAGCGAUGGCAACGCUCUACCCCUCGCUGGAGGACAUGAAAGGCCACCAGGUCUUGCAGGCGCAGGCAGCCGCCGGUGUCGGCACCCCCGCCACGACGGUGCUCACGGAGAAGCCGAAGCUCACCUCCGGCACCGCACCGCCCAUGCUGUACCCCAACCUGGCGGAGCUGGAGGAUUACAUGGGACUCGCGCUCUCCAGCGAAGAGAUCCAGAAAAAACUCUUCCCGGACAGCAGCACCGCGCUGACCCCCGCCGGCCCCGUGCCAGGCCAGCUGGUCGCCCCCCUGAGUGGGAACAACGCGGGGCUGCGGCGGGCAGAGAUCAAGCCGGGCGUGCGGGAGAUCCACCUCUGCAAGGACGAGCGGGGCAAGACGGGGCUGCAGCUGAGAAACAUCGACCAGGGCAUCUUCGUGCAGCUGGUGAAGGCCAACUCGCCGGCCUCGCUGGUGGGGCUGCGCUUCGGCGACCAGAUCCUGCAGAUCGACGGCAAGAACUGCACGGGCUGGAGCAGCGACAAGGCGCACCGGGCGCUGAAGAAGGCGUCCCCGGAGAAAAUCGUCAUGGUGGUGCGGGACAGGCCGUUCCAGCGCACUGUCACCGUGCACAAGGACAGCACCGGCCACGUGGGCGUCGUGGUCAAGAAGGGGAAGAUCGUGUCGCUGGCCAAGGACAGCUCUGCCGCCCGCAACGGCCUCCUGACCCACCACUACAUCUGCGAGGUCAACGGCCAGAACGUCAUCGGCAUGAAGGAUAAGCAGCUCAUGGAGGUGCUGGCGGACGCGGGGAACGUCGUCACGCUGACCAUCAUCCCCGCCGUGAUCUACGAGCACAUGGUCAAACGGCUGUCGGCGGGGCUGGUGAAGUCGUCCAUGGACCACUCCAUCCCCGACCUCUGAUGCGAUCGCCGCCGUCCUGCCACCAGACACCGGUGUGGGCGGCCCCCCCGGCCAAGCCUGGAAGUGGGGGGGCUCAGAGGGGCCGCAGAAGGUACCCCGCAGCCCCCCCGAAAGAAGCUGUUGUAGCACAGAAACCCAUAAAGAGCCUGGGGCUGCAGGGCAGCGCAGGGCACCGCAGCACCAUCCUGCAUCCCCCCGGCGCUCUCCUCGCUCUCAGCAGCAGGGAUGGGGAACGUGCCCCCACCUCCACGCUGCCUCCUCUUGUCCCAGGGUCCCCGUGUCCCCCCCCCAUGUCCCCUCAUGUCCCCUGCGGCCGCUCGGGCCAGCCACCGUCGGGGCAGACGCCAAAGGCUGGCUCCAGCGAAAGCAGACACAGACCCAGCGACGUUUAUUACAUCCACCACAGACAGCGAGUACAGGACAGUGGAAAACGAGAGAAGGGGUGGGUGGGGGAGGUUACAGCUUUUUUCACUUCUGUAUUUAAAAAAUAUAUUAUAUAGAUUUGUCUUUCAAAUAUAGUCAUUACAUUUA